AUGGCGUGCAAGGACCGAUACAUUCUGGUAAUGGACAUGACCGAAGGUAACGACAAUGACGUAGCCCAUUUCGUCGAAGUGCGCUCGGAAGAGACCGAAAUUGAAACCCACCCGGGAGUUGAAAGUAGCGAACCAGACGAUAACGAUGGUCGUGAGGAAAUCCCUGAAGACAGCGAUAACGAUGCCGAGUCCUGUGCUGAAAGCUUGACUCCAGAUUCAGGUGAUGAUUCGAUGAACCCAAAGACUGACCAGCAUGCUGACUCGGGCGUCAAUGGAAAAUCGAGUGGAGAAACCUCAAACGAACGAAUGGAGCGCAUCGAGAAAGUUUUAGGAGAUAUGGCUACAGUAUUAACACGAUUACAAUCAUACGAUAAACCUUCUUCGUCGCACUCUCAUACCGACUCGAGCUGGAACACACCGACCGCAAUGACCAACACGGAAGGAGCUUCGUCGGCAAUCCGUUGGGAUAAUAUCAAAUCCUUUCCUAGUGGCGUUCCAGCUAAUAAAAUGUGGGAAGAGUGGAACCGAUAUAUUGAGAACUUUGAAAUCGCAGCCUCUUUGAACAACGCGAAUGAUCCUGUCAAAAGAACUAAAUUAUUGUUUCUUUCUAUGGGACCGGAUUUACAAGAAAUUGUUCGAGCCGCUAAGUUGCGUCCAAACUUGAAAGACAUCAACUGUUACAAAGUCUUCGUAUCGAACAUACAUGAUUAUUUCCGGUCUAUGACAGAUACAGCGGCGGAGCAUGAAGCCUUUUCUUGCAUGAAACAAGAAAAAGGUGAAUCAGCAGUCGCUUUCCACGCUCGUUUAAUGUGCAAGGUACGACUGUGUAACUACAGCACUGAAGAUCAGGACAAGUUCGUGCGAGCGCUGCUCCUAAAAGGGUUGAGAAACAAGGAUUUGGUUAAAACAGCUAGAACCUACGGACACGAAUCGAAUUACAUCGCGCAGGCCGCGACCCGCGACGAAGCAUAUGAAGCAGAAACCCUGCAGCCUGUGGAUGUCAAUGCGUUCGAAGUAAGUAAUCGACAAACCUUAAAUGACGAACACAACAGGAAGCGGAAAAAUCUGGGCGAACACGACGGUAUACGAUUUGCAAAACGUAAUAAGCAGAAUUAUGGUCAAGGCCGACGUUCACGUUGUACAAAGUGUAAUCUGAUGAACCACAGGAAUGGCGUUUGCCCAGCGUUACAGAGAAACUGCAACAGUUGCGGUAAACGUGGUCACUUCGCGGCAGCCUGUCGGAAGAAACGCGUAUACGUUACCAAACAAAAUCGAGAAGUCCCGAAAAGCGAUACAUCUGAAGAUGAAAUACAGGAAGAGUCCAAACAGUAUACUAAUGCUCUCUCCUUGGAAGACGCCUUGAUUUCAUGUAGUGUGGGGUCAUCGAGUCCAAUUCGUUUCUUAAUUGACUCUGGCGCCGACGUAAAUGUCAUUGGUGGGAAUGAUUGGGAGCGCCUGCAGGUUGAAUUUAACUUAGGGAAAGCGAAAUUCAAGAUCAUAAAACUACCCAGUUCAGGAAUACACGCAUACGGUUGUAAAGAUCCAAUACCUGUUGAAUGCUCGUUCAAGGCCAAAGUUGCUGUAAUGGAAGCCGUUAAACCCUCUAUUAUUGCUAUCUUCUAUGUUAUACGGCAAGGAGCUAGAUCGCUUCUUGGCCGAUCUACCGCUAGUGACAUGAAACUACUGAAAAUUGGAUCAACCAUCAAUAAUUGCGAAACAAUAAAAGAUGAGGAGAAAUUUCCGAAAAUGCCAGGGGUCAUGGUAAGGUUCAGUGUGAACAAAUCGAUUGCCCCAGUGAAGAACGCAUAUUAUAACGUGCCAGCUGCAUACCGGGAGGCAGCAAGACGCAGACUGCACGAGAUGGAAGCACGUGGAAUAAUCGAAAAGGUUACCUCAGCACCCAACUGGAUUAGCGGAAUGUCCGCUGUUUCAAAAGGGAAAAGUGAUUUUCGACUCGUGGUAAACAUGAGGGCCCCAAAUAGGGCUAUCAACCGAGAAUAUUUCCGGCUCCCUCUUAUAGAUGAAAUGAAGGUGAAGCUUCAUGGAGCAAAAUAUUUCUCGAAAUUAGACCUUAGUAACGCUUUUUAUCACCUCGAGUUGUCAAAGGAAUCGAGAGGCUUAACAACCUUCUUGGCAGAAGACGGCAUGUACAGGUUUACUCGACUCAUGUUCGGGGUUAACUGUGCCCCCGAGGUGUUCCAGAGGGAAAUGUCGCGCAUAUUAAAGGAUGCAGACAAUAUAAUCGUAUACAUCGACGACAUCCUCAUAUUUGCGCAGACGCUUGAAGAACUUCGACGAUCCGUUGCAAAUGUUUUGAAAAUUUUGAGGAAAAAUAACUUAACUCUGAAUAUAGAAAAAUGCGAAUUCGAUAGGACCAAGAUAAAAUUCCUUGGUCACGAGCUGGACGCUGAAGGCUUUCACAUAGAUAAAGAGAAGAUUAUCAGCGUACGAAACUUUCGAGAACCAAUCACGCUGUCAGAGCUUAGAAGCUUCCUUGGGUUGGCUUCAUUCAUCGGCCCAUACAUACAGAAUUACGCAGACAUUUCAAGCCCUCUAUGGGCCAUGACAUCCUCAAAAACCUGGACAUGGGGUCACAAAGAAAGCGAGGCAUUCAACUUGAUUAAAAGGCGAAUCGUGGAAUGUACGAUAUCAUUAGGAUAUUUUUCCGAGAACGAUCGGACAAUUCUAUACACCGAAGCGUCACCAGUAGCUUUGGGAGCUGUACUGGUCCAAAAAAGCGACCGACAUACUCCAAGAAUAAUUAGUUUUGCGUCUAAAGCUCUAACCAGCACCGAAAAAAGGUACGCCCAAAACCAGCGCGAGGCAUUAAGCGCCGUUUGGGCAGUGGAACAUUUUUCUUUAUUCCUUCUUGGGAGGCAUUUCACACUGCGUACAGACGCUCAAGGGGUAGCGUUCAUUUUGAAUCGAUCUCGGGAAGAGUCAAAGCGAGCUCUUACCCGUGCCGAUGGCUGGGCACUACGAUUGAGCCCGUACGAUUACGACGUGGAAUACGUUCGUGGCCGGGAUAACAUAGCCGACUCCUCAUCGAGACUGUAUUGCGGUGAUGAUGAACCCUUUGACGAAGAUGUAAGUCCUUGGGAGAUUGCACAACUUGAAGCGAACUGUGUAGAAUUUUUGACAGAACAGGAAAUUCGAGACGCUACCGAAAAUGACGAAACGCUCCAAAAAGUAACGAGCGCUCUAGAUUCAGGAAGGUGGACCAAAGAUAUACGCAGGUAUCAAGUCGUUGAGAAUGACUUAGCAGUGCGAGAUGGCAUUCUCAUCAAAACCGGUUGCGCUGUAAUACCAAAAUCGAUCCAGACGAAGGCUUUACAGGUCGCACAUGAAGGACACCCUACAACAGCUAAGAUGAAAAGCAUAAUAAGACAGCGUGUAUGGUGGCCUGCUAUCUCAAAAGAUGUUCAAAAUUGGGUUGAAAAAUGCAGAACAUGUGUCAUCAAUGGAAAACCAGAUAGAACUACCCCAAUGGAGCGUGUUUUUAUGCCGAAAACCGUCUGGGAAACGAUAGCCUUGGAUUUCAAUGGUCCCUAUGUCAAGUUUGGAGGAAUUUCAAUCCUCGUAAUCGUUGACUAUAGGUCUAGGUACCUUUCUGCCAGACCGGUCAAAUCCACCAGUUUCGAAUGUACCAAAAGAGUGCUUGAGAAGGUAUUCGAAAGAGAAGGCUAUCCUAAGAACAUUAAAACGGAUAACGGACCACCGUUCAACAGCGAUGAUUACAAAACUUAUUGUAGUCAGCGUGGAAUCAACAUGAUUUUUUCAACUCCUUUAUUCCCACAACAAAAUGGGUUGGUGGAAUCGUGCAUGAAAGUGAUCAAUAAAGCGAUGGUUGCAGCUUCUACCGACAAGACCAAUUUCAUAGAAGAACUUCAAAAAGCAGUAAAUGCGCAUAACGCAGCGGCGCACAGCGUAACCAAGGUCCCGCCGGAGGAGGUUAUGCUUGCACAGAAAGUCAAGCGCGGACUCCCACUUCUGCGGCACAGUAAAGCAACAUUUGACGAGGAGCUUUUCGAGAAAACUGACCGAGAAUCAAAACUUUCUGGCAAACUUCGGGAAGAUGUCGAGGUGCACGGAAAUGCAGAGUAA